AUGACCGCUACCCUCUUCCAGGCGUCUCAAGAAGGCAACGUUGACCUCGUCAGCUCGCUCCUCGAGGAGCCUUCUCUCGACAUUGACGCCCGCGACGACACCGGUCUCACUGCCCUUCAACACGCCGUUCGAGGCAACCACGUCGACGUGGUUUCCCAGCUUCUUGCCAAGGGCGCCAAUGCUGUCGAGGUGGCCCAGGACGACGCCCUCAAGCACAACCAGGAGCUCGCUUCCGUCAUCAACAACGCCUUGCAGCACACUCAGUCCGUCGCUUUCCAGAGCGCACCCGUCAUCGACUCGCACGGCGGCAAGCAGCUCCCAGAUGGCACUGUCAGCUACGUGCAACCUCCCGCCUACCAGGGCCAGAUGGACGCAUCCAUGCACCAGCAGCAUGCCCUCCACCACCCCAUGUCCCAACCCAUCUACCCCUUCCAGCCUCAGCACGCCUUCUUCGACCCAUCCCACAACCCCGAGCACCGCGGUCAUUCGCACAAGGACAGCGCCUCUGGCAGCCUUCCCCCUCCUGAAGUCGCCAAGAUGAUUCCGUGCCGCUUCUUCCCCAACUGCCGAUACGGUGACAAGUGCAUGUUUGCUCACCCUGUCGCCAUGCCAGCAUCAUCACCCAACGCAGGUCCCGUGUCGCCCGGUCAAGCCCCCAUGUUCUACCAGUCCCACGCUUACGGCUACCCUGCUUACGGCCCACCGCAGCAUUUCUACUCGAUGGCGCCCCCCAUGCCUAUCCAAUACACCCACGCCGGCGUUCCCAUGCCGGUCCACAUGCUGCCUCCUCAUCACGUGGCACACGCACCGCACUCGAACGACGGCGAUGCCUACGCCAACCACUUUGCUGCGCAAUCGCGCCAACCCUUCGAGCCGAAUCAGGCGGUGCAGGGCGAGCCUGAAUCUGCCUCGAACGACGGCCAGCAGCAGGUCGCCGCUGAGAUUGAAGGCGCCUCCGUCGUCCCCGUCCCCGUCGAUGGUGACGACACUACCAGCGCAGCGCCCACUGCCGAGGCAACCGUCAUUGACACCGAGCCAGUAAAGUCUUCGCCAGAAGCCAGCGCUUCCAACAACACCCCCACAUCCUUCAGCGCCUUCAUGGCUCACCACGCAGCACCCUUCCAGCCUGCUCCUGGCGCACAGAACGGCGUCGUCGGCAUCGACGGCGGCAUCCUCAGCGGCUCGCAGACUUUCAACCGCGGCAACAAGGGCGCCAGGCGAGGCGGCGCAUCCAUGGGUGGCAGCUUCGGCUCGCGAGCCGAGUUUGGUAAGCGCUCCACUGAGCGUCCCGCCUGCCACUUCUUUGCUCGCUCCGCAUGCAAGCACGGCGAGGACUGCCGCUUCCCGCACAUUCUGCCCGAUGGCACCGACAUGCGCGGGCCUAACGCCGGCCGUUCGAGCCACUCUAUCGAGGCAGCUCGCGCCAUCAACCGCGCGCUUGCCGCCAAGAGCGCCCGCGCUCCAACUGUAGGCUCGAUGGCCAACGGCACCAGCGCUGCUCACUCCAGCACACCCGUCAACAACGAAAGCAAUGGUCUUCCCGCUGCUCCCACCAACGUCACGGUGUCGACAUCCCCGGCUUCGGCUCAGACUACCAUCAGCGCCGCCGACAAGAACGAGGCCGACAAGCCUGCUUCGACGGAAACAGCAGCCAACGUCAACAUCCCCACUGCCUCCCCCAAGACUGCGUCCGCGACGCAGAAAGAGCAAAACAACACAGCCAAGCCCGCAAGCACAGGCGCUGCUUCCACUCAGGUGCCAAAGACAACGAGCUCGAACGGUAACGCAGCAAACAAGAGCGAUUCCAAGGUUGACAGCGCUGCCAACGGCAAGCGUGCUGCCGCUCCGGUUGCUGCCGGCAAGUCGGAUGAAGCCAAGCCUGCCGCGGCCGCUUCCACCAACGGCGACCGCAUCCCUGCGUCGAUCCCGUCCAAGCCCACUGUCAACGGCAAUGCCAACGGUCACGUUGCUGGCAAUCGCCAAAACAGUGCCAAACCUCAGCCCAAUGGCGUCCAGGGCGGCGGAAAAGGUCACCAGAACCAGCAGAAUGGUGCUCGCCCGCGCGCCAACCAAAACAGUAACGGUCGACCCAACGGCCAGGCUGGUCAGAACGGCGCCGGACAGAAGAAGCCCGUUACGCAGCAGCGUCUACCCAGCGCAGCCGACUUCCCCGCUCUCUCAAACGGUCAGGCUGCCGCGGCCUCAUCGACCCCCAGCGCCAACGGUAUGGCCAGGCCAAACUUUUCGGCCAUUCUGUCGGCGCCUGCGCCCGUCAAGAAGCAGCCUGAGUCUGUCAAGGAGACCGAGGCGCCUGCAGCUGACGACAAGACCACUGGCGCUGCCGCAUCAUCCGACGAAAGCAAGGAGGGCAGCACCUCUACGCGCGAGGCCGAGGCCAAGAACAAUGGCGCUGCUGCUGCUCCCAAGCAGUCGUCUUCGGCUGCCCCGAUGCUCGACUUUGCGGCGGUCGUGCAGUCGAAUCCUGUCGCCGUCUAA